UGUGUGAGUGUGUGAGUGUGUGUGUGUGUGUGUGUGUUUAAAAGCUCCCAGCCUGUGUCCUGCCAUGCUCUGGCCCAGGUUGGGUGUUGGGGUGGGGGAAUGUCUCACCGCAAAGUUGUGUAACUACCAAGAGGAGUGGAAAAAUGUGAUGGACCACAGGUAGAGAGGGUAGAGAGGGGCUGUCCUCUCUGAGGAGCCCCUCGGUCAGAUCUUGGCAGGGUUGGGGGGCACUCUAGCCCACUUCUUUCCCUGAAGACCCUCUGGCAGCAGGAAGGUGGACAUCCUGUCUCCUUGUCCUUAGCUUUGCCACCAGGAAGUCCUUCCCUUUGCCUGACCUCAGAGGUUCCUCCUGCUGCUGAGUGUGCUUCCUGUGGCCCUCGGUGGAGCACAGCUGCGAGGGAGCAGGCCUGGGCAUGGAGCCAGCCAGGUGGGGCCAGGCUGCAGGCUCUGAGCUCACGGGUGCUGUCUCUGUCCGUCCCACAUCGAUAGGCCCACGGGUCUGAGGAAAUAGGUUUACCAGUGACGCCACCUGGGCCAGCUCCCUGCCUCAUGCCACACGCUCCUGCUCCACCUCCGAGCCUGGGUUUUCCACAGAGUUUAAGUAGGUGCCUGCCCACAAGGACCAUUUCCGCAAUGAAGCCACCCUGCGGCUGCCAGAAACUUCAGUGCCCUCCGGAAGGAAAACAUUUACGAGAACAACAAGUUGGCCUUCCAAGUGGCUGAGGAACAGCUGGGCAUCCCAGCCCUGCUAGACGCUGAGGACAUGGUGGCCUUGAAGGUUCCAGACCGGCUGAGCAUUCUCACCUAUGUGUCACAAUACUACAACUACUUCCAUGGCCGGUCCCCAAUUGGGGGCAUGGCUGGCAUAAAGAGACCCUCAUCCGAUUCGACCGAAGAACUUUCUGGAAAGAAGGGCCUGUCCCAGCCUGCCAAGUUGCCCUCGCCGGCUCAAACCCAGAGGUCACCACUGUCCCCAGCUCGGACAAACCCUGUGGUUCAGAGGAAUGAAGGUGGCUCACAAAGACCAUCCCCAAAGGCUGCUCCGGGGACCGCGGGAAGCUCUGUCAGCAGUAUCUGUGGGGUCUGUGGCAAACAUGUUCACCUUGUGCAGCGGCACCUGGCUGACGGGCGCCUCUACCACCGAAGCUGCUUCAGGUGUAAACAGUGCUCCAGCACGCUGCACUCGGGGGCCUACCGUGCCACGGGAGAGCCCGGAGUCUUCGUCUGUACCCACCACAGCUCAGAAGUCACCUCUGUGAGCCCCAAGUCAUCAAACCUGGCCUCCAGGAAACCAGGGGGUGUCACUGCAGACACCAGGCCAUUCGGCGUCUCAUGGACGGUUCAGGAGGCAAAUGGAGAGGGGACACCACUGAGGGUCAGGACAGCAGCAUGGGAACACGCUGGAGGAAACACAACCGCCAAAGGUUUUGUCCAGACGGAACUUAAGCCACCAUCUACCUCCCAAGUCCACGUGGGGAGCUCUGCGGGGCCCAAGCUACCCACGAUCACAGUGACUACUACUUCUGUGACUAGCAAAGCUCUCACCCAUGUGACGAAUAGCUCCCCAAUAGGAUGGUCAUCGCCUGCCCAGAGCAGCCCAGCGAACUUCAACUCCCGCCCAGUUGUAUCCCCAAGUGCUCGGAACACUCACCUACCUGGGUCCCAAGGGCAGACAGCCUCAAAAGGUGUUAAGACUCAGCUCAACUUGAACUCAGAGUCUUCAAACACAGCGGUCACCCCAGCCUGGACUUCCUCAGCCUCUAAGACCCAGCAGGCCCGAGAGAAAUUUUUCCAGACCCCUCCCUCGGCCCCAGCCCCAGCCUCAGCCCCAGCCCCAGCCCCCACCAGCAAGGUCCCCACUGUAGUGACUGUCCCCACCAGCAAGGUCCCCAAUGUGGUGACUGCCCCCACCAGCAAGGUCCCCACUGUAGUGACUGUCCCCACCAGCAAGGUCCCCACUGUGGUGUCUGCCCCCACCAGCAAGGUCCCUACUGUGGUGUCUGCCCCCACCAGCAAGGUCCCCACUGUGGUGAAUUCCACUAAUAGCAGGGUCACCACGGUAGUAAAUGCCCCCACCAGCAAGGUCCCCACUGUAGUGAGUGCCACAAAUGGCAGGGUGCCCACUGUGGUGACUGCCCACACUGGUAGGGUCCCUGCUGUGAUGAAUACCUCUGCCAGCAAAGUCUCUCCUGUUGUGGAUGCCCCUGCCCAGGAGAGCAGCCGGGAGCAAGCAUUAAGUGUCCUUAGGAAGGCCCUUCCGGCGCUGACAGGAUCUGGUACCCAGGCUCCAAACAGGUCCUUCCCAGCCACUUCCUCUGUCCUGGUAACCCUUCCCAAGAAUGAAGUGCCACAAAAAGUUCCCUCAGACAAGCUCUCAGCUUUAACCACCCAGACUCCUAAUUUCACUAUAAAGCUAGAGCCUUCAGCCCCAGUGAAUGUGGGCAAUACCGCUGUAUUUCUCCAGGCUGGCAAAAAGAGCCCGAGUAUUUCUCCAAGGGUUGGUAAGACCAGCGUUGGCUCCAGGCCACAAGCAGAGGUGGCAGGAGUAAAGGGUCCAGGUCCCAUCUCUCAGGAAGGCCAAGAGGAGGGACCAGAAGGAUGGAGGGCCCGGCUGAAGCCUGUGGAUAAGAAAACCCCUGCUGGGAGGUCUCUGGAGCAAAAAGAGCCAGUCCUGGCAGAGCCAAGGAUAGGUGACACUUCCAGGAAAGCCUCUAGUAGCUCUGACUCCAGCGUCCAUAUCACCUUGACUUCUAUUCAGCACAAGAGGAAACCAUGCCCUGCUGGUUCCGGGCCCAGUCCUGCAGCCCUCUCUCCUUCUCCAUCACACCGCAAGAAACUAGCUGUCCCUCCCAGCCUUGAUGUUUCAGCUGAUUGGCUCCAGCCAGAGCCCAAGAAGCAGGAAGAUGGGACCAGGAGCUGUAAGGAGGAGAAGUCACCCACCAGGUGGUCAAGAGAGAGGUCUGCAGUCCUGGACAGUGGCCUUGCUCCACCUGGUGAAGCUGUCACUUCCCCAGUCAGGCUCCACCCCGACUAUAUCCCCCAGGAGGAGCUGCAGAGGCAGCUGCAGGACAUUGAGAGCCAACUGGACGCCCUGGAGCUCAGGGGUGUUGAGUUGGAGAAGCGGCUGCGGGCAGCUGAGGGAGAUGCUUCUGAGGAUAGCCUCAUGGUGGACUGGUUCCGGCUUAUUCAUGAGAAGCAGCUACUGUUGAGGCUGGAAUCGGAACUCAUGUACAAGUCCAAGGACCAGCGCCUGGAGGAGCAGCAGCUGGACCUCCAGGGUGAGCUGCGCAGGCUGAUGGACAAGCCAGAGGGUCUGAAGUCCCCCCAGGACCGCCAGCGGGAGCAGGAGCUGCUGAGCCAAUACGUGAACACCGUGAAUGACCGAAGUGACAUCGUUGACUUCCUGGAUGAGGAUCGGCUCCGGGAACAGGAAGAGGACCAAAUGCUGGAGAAUAUGAUCCAGAACCUGGGCCUCCAGAGAAAGAAGUCCAAGUCCUUCUUGUCCAAGAUCUGGUCCUCGAAGAGCAAAAGCGGGCAGGCCUGAGCUGCACGUGGCUGGCACUGGGCCCUGGACCUCCUCAGGAAGAGACUGGUGCUGCGGUCCCCGAAAGGGAUACUGGGGGUGCCAGGGCCUGGGCCUCCCACUCUGGGUCCUCGUCACCUCAAUAAAGACACUGACCUUCCCACA